AUGUGUACAGUGACCGACAGGCAGAACCCCUGCCUCUGUGAAGCGUACACCGUUCAGAUGCACUACUCUGCUGUCACUAGUCAAGAGGAUGCUGCAAAGGCUAUCCAGAUUUUGAUUGGCAGCUUUCAUAUGCUCAUGUGGUAUUUCCUAUUGGAUUUGUAUAUAGGACAGGUUAAAGGAGUCUUUGGGAUAUAUGAACCUGUAACUUACAAAGCAGGAUGUGCUUUAUGGGGAGUUGUUUUUGUCAUUUCAGGAGCCUUCUUAAUAAAAGUAGCAAAGAAUCCAAAUCCUCGCCUGGUUACAUAUACUUUGAUCUUGAACAUCAUCUGCAUAAUUACUGCAUUUACAGCAAUAUGUAUGAUAUUACAUGAGUUGUCUAAUUUUGAUUCUGUGUCAUAUAGGAACUAUGGACAAGCGAAACUUGGAAGGGAAGCUUCACGUAUUUUACUGGCCUCCAACAACCUGGAACUUGCUAUUGCACUUACAUACACCAUCUUCAUCUUUAUUGAUUUGGUUAUGCAUAUUACUGACACUGGACGUCAAAAGUGA